CCGUCCCCGCGGUGUGUCGGUGAGUCGGGCGGGCGGGUGCAUGGCGGGGCCGUAGCGGGGCCAUGCCGCUGUCCGUGGCGCUGCGGCUGGGGCUGGCGGCGCUGCACACGGCGCUCUACGCCGCGCUCUUCCUCUUCACCUACGCGCAGCUCUGGCUGCUGCUGCGCUACCGCGAGCGCCGCCUGGGCUACCGCCCGCUCGGCCUCUUCCUCUGCCUGCUGUGGGCGGCGCUGCGCACCACGCUCUUCUCCGGCUACCUGCGCCCCGCGCCCGGCCCCGGCCCCGGCCCCGCCGCCCGCUGGAUGCUCUGCUGCCUGCCCGUCUGCCUGCUCUUCGCCUGCCUCUGCCUCCUCACGCUCUACUUCGCCGAGGUUAUAUUCAAAGUCAAAUGUGCAGCAGAAUUCAACAAGUACAAGGUCCUCAUGUAUCUGGGCUCCAUAUUUACCAGCCUUCUCUUCCUAGUUGUGAAUGUGACCUGUGCAAUGUUAAUCUAUGGAGAUAUUCCAGAGAAUCAGCUGAGAUGGACAGUGUUUGCUCAGGCGUUAGCCAAUGACACUCUCUUCAUUCUUUGUGCCAUUUCAUUAGCUUGUUGUAUGUGCAAACUUGCAAAAAUGUCUUCAGCAAAUGUCUACCUCGAGUCAAAGGGCACAUCUGUCUGCCAGGCUAUCCUCGUGGGCUCUGUAGCUGCCCUUCUGUAUUCUUCAAGGGCUUGCUACAACCUGGUAGCAGUGGUUAUGUCUCCAGACAGUAUUCCCAGUCCAUUUAACUAUGGCUGGGACAACCCCUCGGAUAAGAUCCACGGGGAAGAAAUCGGUGGAGAAGAAUUUGUGGUGUUCGGAGUGGUCCUCUUUCUCUGGGAGCUGGUGCCAACGACCUUUGUGGUGCUGUUCUUCCGAGCUCGGAGACUCUCUCAGAACUUGACACCAGGUGGAAUGAUAAACAGUCAUAGCUACAGCUCCCGAGCAUACUUCUUUGACAAUCCGAGGCGGUACGACAGCGAUGAUGACUUGUCACGACUUGGCGGAAGAGAUGGGGGAAGCCUGGCUGCCCCUCAGUGCUCCGGCUGGUAUGGCUCUCUGACCGGCAGCGACAGCUACCCUGCUGCUCCUCAUCUCGGUGGACCUACAAUAGAUAACGCCCCCCUGCUCUUCACUUCUGGCGACUUGGAAUCUAGCAAUCGCCAUGGCUUAUACUCAGCACCGCAGAACUGAAGAGGGCUACCGGAGGCAGCUCUCGGCGGUGUAAGAUUUGUAAUAAUUUGUUUUCUAAACGUCUAACUCCAUCUACGCAAACAUUCCAUCACCUAAUGCAGCCACAGACCAGGGCCUGGACUCAUGGGCUGCACGUAGUGAACAAGACUGACUCACGGUACCAUGUAGCAAAGUGAAGGUGAACUCUGGAAGCUUUUCGGUCUGUUUGUUUUUUCUCGAGAUGCUUGUUGGCAGCUAAAAGCACCAGAGCUUCCUUACUAGAGAAGAAACAUCAACUGCAUAUUUGCACUUUUAUCUGCACAUUCUGAAGGAACAAAUCUCGCUCAGACUCUCCCUGUCUGAAACUUUUUAAUUGCACAUCCGUAGCUGGGAGGUGUCGUCUUCCUGCAGGAACUGGAGCAAGCAUACGUGUUCUGUGAAGGACUCCGUGGUCUGACCCACUCUCAAAGGACAGUACAUCUCCCUCCCUGACGAGCAACAGGGUGCACGCUACUAUGGGGACAAUGAAGAAUGUCGAGGAAAGCAAAACGUGCCAUAUUUGCGCAAGAUGAAGGGAAUGUCUCCUUGCUGAGAGUGUGGGCUGGCUCUGACUCAAGGUUCUGGUUUCAAUGGACUGCUCUAAUGCCCUGCUCUGGGACCGUUGUGAAAGCAAACCUAAAAGCACAGGUACAGAAGGCUCGUGCGUACCAAGUAGCACUGAGGUCACUGAACAGCUCUUCGCACGUUAGUUAAAAGGAGAAAUGCUAACUUGGGAGGAGCAGAACUACCACAGCUGGUGUUAGGCUCGCGGUGUGAUCACUGGGCCACGAGGUAUGGGCAUGGCCACAUCAGGAAAACACAGCGAGGAGGCUGGGAAGCGGGUGUCAUCUGUGAGUCCUUGUUUUGGCCAAAACAAAUAUGUAACGAAGGCUGCUUUGAGCACUAGCUCUGUUCAGGAAUGCCCUGAGCAGCACUCAGUAUUUAUGUGCUUUUGGCAGAUUAGCAAUUAACUGAACCUUUUUAACCUAAGCCAAGACAAACCCAGGGAAGUCACUUUUGCAAAUGGGAUAGUUUUUGUUGUGUGUUCUCCCCUUCCUCCCCUCUCCAUAGCAGCGCUCUGACAUGGAAAUGGUGGCCCCCAUGAUGGCUGGAAGGGUUGUGUUCUAAUUCAGGUACUUAGCUGGGACCUCUUCAAAUCUCUGUUUCCUCUGUCUCUACUCUUUAGGGUCUACCCAACCUCCUUGCCACUGAUUGUGACCUAGAAAGUGGGUGCGGAGUGCUAUGGGCUGAAGUCCUCAGUAUUCAGACUGCAGAUAGACCCAUCCGCAGGGCAAGUAUAGCAGCUGACUGAGGAGUCUUUUAACAGAAUGGGUUGUUUUUACCCUCUUGGAUUGCAUUCCAGAACAGGCGUAGUCUCUCAGUCGCUCUUAACUAUGUCCAAAAGCUCCCUACUUGAAAUAGGAAAGCAGGAGGUGGCAGCCGGGAUUCACAGACCUAUUUAAAGCAGGUGCAUGAAUGAAUUGAUUUUUUUUAAAUACGCUUCUGGGUUACAUAGCAGUAGCUUCAGAAGAAUAUGUCCAGGACGGGUGCUGUUGCUGCAGUCAGUAGGACAGCCGCUGUCUCCAAUUUGUUGUAGACUUGUCCAGGGCACCUUCUCCCCUUUGUAUGCCAGCAGACCUUGUGCUACAGGGAAAGCUUGGCCUCUUAACAGGAGCUGCUCCUGCUAUUGAACUGCACAAACCUUCUAGGGUGGCUUGGCUUUUGUUUUUCUCCUUUGCUUGUAUUUGUUUUAAAUUUUUUAAUUGAAUUCAAACCUCUUGUUAGAGCAGAAUGUCACUAAAGGGACCGGGGAUGGCCACACAGAGAGGAAAAGGAUAGUCUGUCUGACCCAGUGGGGGUCACUUUCCCCAGGAGAUGCUGCUGGUACUUUCAGUAGGCCCAAGGGGCUUCUAGCCUUCUACACUUUUGUGAUAGGCAGGCUUGUGGCUGCGUGUAUGUUUGUGCAGGGUGGGGAGAAAAUGAGCGUAUGUGACCAGAACACGUGCUCAGUUUUCAAAACGUUGUAGAGCUUUGCUGGGCAGGCCUGGAGUCUAGAGAGCAAAGUCCUCCCCUGUACGUUGGAGCGUGUGCGAGGAGCAGAUCGGUGUCUGUGCUACACUGAGCUAGUCCUAGUCUGGUUAGCCACCACGUCCAGAAACGGAAAAGCUGGCUUGAAAAUCCUUCUGGGGAUACUCUGAGAUCCUUGGUAUAUCUUUGCUCUCGCUGGCCCCAGACACAGGCAGCCCGUGCUCAUUCUUGUACCCUCCCCAGCUGUUCUGGCAGAUCGGUGACUACCCUGCUCUAGUCCUUGAACCUGAGUGUGCUUCCAGGGGAUCAUUGUGGCUCUCCCCCUGCUGCUUUCUUGUAACUACCAACACGAGACCAGCCUCCUGUCCUGAGCUGCGAUGCGGAGCCGAGUUGCUCUGUCUGGAUCACUGUUCGACUUACGGUGAAACUAACGAGGGACCCAAGCUCCAUGCACUGCCCUUCUGUCUUCUCCCAUAAGUCACCAAAGACCAUACGUUUUUAAGCUUCUGGCCCCCAUUCUCGCUUUGAUUCCAAAGCACUAGGAGCACUUUAUGUUUCCUUUGGAGGGAAGGGAGUGUUGAGCAAAAAAAUAAAAAAAGAAGGGGAAAAAAAAGGGCUACAGGCUCAUUGUUCAUAUUGCACUGAAGCACAUAAAAAAACCCAUCUGAUCUUCCUCUCAUUAGGAUCACAGGUGAGGGCAGUGAGUCUCAUCGCUUCGGCGUACUCAUGAGCGACUAGCGAACCUUUUUGGUUUGUUUUUAUUCAUUUUUGUGUGGACAACCAUUGAUCUCAGAACUCUGACCGCUCACUUUGGGGCUGGUCUUGUGUUUUACUGAAUUAAUUUAUAGCUGAGAAGGACAAUGACCCCCCCCCUUUUUCUUUUUUUUUUUUAAUCCAUAGUUGCCUUUCAUUAAACUUUUACCCCUCCACCUUUCUUCCCCCCUCCACCCCCUUUUUUUUUUUUUUUUUUUGGUAUGGUUUACCAGUGUUUCAGCUUUGCAACCAGCUAUCCACUGGUUGCAAUAGAAAGCUGUGGCCAAUGAAUGUAUCUAUUUGUUGUUCUUCAAUAAGCUGUAACCAAGCACUACUCUGAAAUAAUAAUAAUAAUACCAAUAACAAUAAAAUUUUCUGUGCUAUUG